AUGGCGCCCCUCCGUCGGUAUCUGAGGAUCACCAAGUAUUCCGUCCUCGAAUGUCGCAUUUAUCUCGAUAAUCCGGCCUUGGCACAGAGCUGGCUCCUGAAUCCCCGGAAUCCCAUAUUGCCCAAGGUCAUUGAAAGCGUUCGUCACUUGGUGCUGCCGAAACUGCGCGAAGAAAAGGAGAGGGAGCGCACCAAGAAGAAAAGCUCCAAGAAGAAGAGCAUCAAAGAUGUCGUCGUUCAAGAUGAGUUCGAGGUGUCAAUGUUCCUUACUGAGACCAACACUCGCCACUCACUGCUCACUAAGCACAAACAUUUCCGGGACAAGGCAACUGGCAGGCUGCAGUCCAACUCUAAUAAGCUGAUUGGCGAAACAAAUGAUGCGCCCAUCGAUCUGGACAUGGAGGCCGAAGGCUCCGGUGACGCGGUGCCCGUUCGAGAGGAGAGCGAACCCGAGGGCGAUGCCGGUGGGCUUUCCCGGAUCCCCGUCGUCGAUGAAACAAGCCGGCCUCGGCGGUCAAAAAGACAACGCGGGGAAUCUCGCGGCUCUGACGGCGAUUACGAGCUGCCUUCGGGCGAUGAUGCUGGACAUGUAGCCUCAGCGAUCGAAAUAGGUUCCGAGGACGAUAUUUCUCCGCCCUCUAAGCGCAUCAAGAAGCGGGGCGGUGGGUUUGAAGGCGAUCAUGACGACGAUGACAAGAAGAAGAUGGCCAUGGAUGUUUCAUACGAAGGUUUUGCCAUCUAUGGUCGCGUGCUCUGCCUCGUCGUCAAGAAGCGACAUGGUCUAAGACUGGCGGCUUCGAGCGGACCAGGGAACGCCAAGCAGCCCGCUGGUCAAGCCAGCAUGGAGAACUGGAUCAGUUCUACCCAGAUGCCGAAUCCUGGCGCCGAGGAGGACGCAUCUUGA